AUAACAAGUAGUUGACAUAAAUACACAAAAACAAAGAAAAAGAGAGAGAUGGGUGUGAGGGUUGCGAAUGCCAUAGGAGAAAUGUUGCCAUGCACAGCAAUGGUCAUAAUAGAAGCUGCCACUAUUUUCUUGACGAUUAUGGCCAGUACCGCUAUGUCCAAGUUUGGGAUGAGUUCUUUUAUAUUCGUGGUGUAUACGAAUGCUCUUAGCUUUAUCCUUCUCCUUCCGUAUUCCCUCUUUUUCCACAGAAGAGACAAGACAGAAGAGCCAUUAUUCACGUUUCCCCUUCUUUUGCGUGUCUUCUUCCUUGGUUUAGUAGGGGUAACAAUAGCGCAGAACCUUGCAUUCGCGGGACUAAGUUAUAGUUCUCCAAUAGUAGCAUGUGGAGCUGCGAACAUGAUACCAGCUUUUUCUUUCAUUGUUUCCAUUAUUCUCAGGAAAAUAAGAAUGGACUGGAAGAGGCAGGGAAGUCAAGUAAGAGUAGUUGGCACCUUAAUAUCAAUAGUGGGGAUAUUAUCAAUGACUUUCUACAAAGGUCCAGUGGUCAACAAGUAUUCCCCAUCUUUCCUUCAGCUGGCAAGACCGCAGCUCCUCGUCUUCACUUCAACACAUGAGAAUUGGGUUCUUGGUUGUUUCUUGUUUGCAGCUGCUUCAUUUGCUCUUACCAUAUGGAACAUUAUUCAGGCGGGAAGUAGCAAGAAGCACCCACAUGUGAUGAAAAUAACGUGUCUUUACACCUUGUUUGGGACGAUUCAAUCUGCAGUAUUUGCUUUAUUUAUGGAAAAAGAUCUCAGUGCGUGGAGGCUUAAGCUCAACUUUGAACUUCUUGUCAUUGUUUUAACUGCAAUUUUUGGAAGUUUAAUACGUAGCAGUGUCCAGAUGUGGUGCAUGCGCUUGAAAGGGCCUUCUUAUACACUAUUUUUUAAGCCUGUGGGAGUUCCAGUUGCCAGCACAUGUGGUUGUGUGCUCUUUGCUGCUACUUUCCACUAUGGAAGGCAACUAGAUACAAAUACUUUUUCACACACUUACAAGAUCUUAACGCCCAUGAGUUUGUACAGCAUGUUGAACGCUUGUAUAUGUGGACUUGGUUAUUACACUACACUAUGGGGACAACUCAAAGAAGACGAGACAAAGAAAGACAUCAAAGGCAACGUGUCAACUUCUGAUGAAAAAGUCCCUCUUCUGCAAGAAAAAGAAGAUGAAGAUGAUUCACAGGUUUAAGAGUAUAGCAAACAAGAUCAAACGAGUUGUAAAUAUGCAUUGGAGGGUGUGUAAGAUCAACCGAGUUGUAAAUAUGUAUCGGAGGGUGUGUAAGCGGCAGGGGCGGAUGAGUUCCUUCUCUCCCUAAAUCAUGCAGAGUACCAAUAAAUUUCAGUUCAAAUGCCUAAAUUAGCAUGGGUGAAUUUAAGCUCAAAUGAGCAUUUUAGUGCACUAAGAAAGUGCACCUUCUAUCUUUUAGCAAGGGAUUCGAUCCCAAUUAAUAAAUAGGGCCAAAACCAGUGCCCUUGCUAAUUAAA